ACGUCGCACGUUAGAGUGAAUCGGAGAGACGUAUUUUUGCCUAAUAGAACAUUUUGUGAGAGAGAUCUAUGGAGAGCAAGUAAUUUGGCGGCCGCUGGAAUAUGUUAGGCAAUAAGUGCUGCUUGCUGAAGGCUGUUCCUGUAGUGAUAUUGACAACUAUUUCAUUCAUCAGUGUUUGUUAUGAUCUUGAGAAUGUAUUUUUGAGGAAUCACGCUACAACGAUUGAUGACCGAUCUAGCAUCAACCAGACGAGAAACGCGGUGAGGAUAAAGACAUUCGGACGAGACCAGAAGUACAGACAUUGUAAAGAUCUCUUUAGCAUCGAUAGUCCUGCGUCUAAAGAGAAGAUUGAAUAUGUUUAUUCGGAAAAGAUCCCUCCUAGUGAGACGGUUGGAAGGGCACUUCAAAGGAAGGUAGACGUUAAUGGAGAGGAACCAGCGAAAGGUGUGUAUCGCAAAAUCAACGACGUGUUGUGGAAAAUUCGAAAGCUCAAAUAUUCAGAGCCAGAAAGAUAUCUCGGCGAAGAAUAUCAGCCUCUUGCUGGACUGUUACCUCGCGUUGUUGACUACGAUUCCUCUUCCAAGUAUGAAUUCCAGUCGAAGGAAGAAAGCAAUUACUCCGGAAACGAACCUACACACAAAAGUCAUCAAAUGAAAAAAUCUGUUAAACAGAGAACUUCUUCCAGAAUCGUGGAAGGGACGCUUCCAUUCGUUCCCUGUUCCAUCAGAGACUACGAAGACAGACGCCAGGUCUUCACCUGCUUCCAGAAACGGAUCGACGUCAAGGGAUCUCUCUCCAUCCAUUUCUUUGGGGACUCCAAGAUACGUUAUCUUCUACAUCUUUUCCUGGAACAGUACGACGACGUGUUUCAUUUCGUCACUACAGCAAAGAACAUAACUCGGCCCUGGAGAGAGGCUAAAGCUGACCUAAUGACGACUGAUAAGUGGACAGAUAUUGAAAUUUUUAUUCCAGCUUUGCCGCGCCUAGGAAUAACUCUUAGUUUUCGUAAGUUUCAAGAUUCGCCGGUCUUUUUAGGAGACAUUCCCGAAAUUCAGCAGCUGAGGAAGUGGGCCAAUUUGGAGGAACAACCGCCCGACCUUUUGAUCAUUGACUAUACUGCCUGGACACUUGGUCGAUAUAACAUUUUCGGAUUGUUUCCACCAAGAAACACCGUCGACGUUUUCGCGAUUUUGCUGGAACUACAUGCGAAAGUGAUUCCUCUCUUGCAGAAGAUAUCCAAGAUUACAAGAGUGCUGUUGUUGCCACAGAGUCGACAGAGACCAAAUGCAGAUAAUAUGUUUCCCAAUAGUCGCGGAUCAACGGCGGAUUUCAAUAUGGACUGGAGCGAAAGCACAUUCUUAUACAUUCUGCAAUACUCUCACGACCAGGACAUGAAGUCGUUGUUGGAAUCUCAUCUGGCUAAGGCGAGGGAGUUACUGAAAAUCUCGGACUAUCAAGUUCAAAGUUUUGCCUGGACCUCCCUUCAUUCUCGCGAGGAAACUUCGGAUAUUCGGAACCCUGUCCACGAAACAAAAAAGGCGUCAUAUCCAGCCCAGUCGACUGCUAGUAGGUUUCCAGUGUCAGAAGUCGAUAGGUUUCCGACCAGACAUCCAAGAUUAACUCAACCAAAGUUGCUAGAAGAAGCCUCAUCAGAGACAACAGAAUUCCGCGAUUAUCUCAUCCCUUCAACAGAGGAUUCGGGACUGUGGUUUUGGGACGCCAUACUCCCCUUGAACUUGGCUGAAAUUCAGGAAUGCGAGGAAAUGGUCGAGGGUGGGAUGUCAGGGCAGCCUCUGUACCAGAGCAAUGUUCUGAGGUGUUACGACCCAACGCACGCAGGUGACGUCACCAACAGUGAUUUAAUUACAAUGAUGCUUAACCUCUUAUGCAAUACUGUUUUAGGGACAAGCGACGAUUACUGUUGUUCAUGAAUAAUAAUCUUUGGUUUAGUUGCUAUUUCUCGUUGUGACUGAAGAUAGCUACAGUUAGGUUUAUCUAUGAGAUCGUACAAAGAGAUGAAGAACUCUACAUAAAAGGAGAAAUCCCUGUAAUUGUUCAGUAAUCCCAAACUUAUUAUAGCCUAUUCUAUACAUUAAAUGUCAAGUUCUCUCUUAAUUUAUGGCACGAGAAACUUCUUUUUAUUCAUCAGAAGUCGUAUUUUUCAGUGCUAGACAUUUCUUCAUUUGGUAAACGUUCGAUGGCCUCCAGUGCAUCCCGAAAAGUACGAGAGAGAGAGAGAGAGAGAGAGAGAGAGAGAGAGAGAGAGAGAGAGAGAGAGAGAGAGAGAUGGGUAUAUGGCCAUGGAGACUGGUCCCUACAUUUGAUACUUGACGGCAGAGCUAUUAUAAUUUUUACCUGUCAUCCUAAUCGUUCGUACUCUUUUACAAGGAGAAUUUUACAACAUUCUAUAUAAAGGGUUUGGGCCGUCGGAGCAGCUUGCGUGGUGCACUGUAAACAUUGCCUAAGGAUCUUAGCAACACCUCUUCGGCCCAUAGCUGCAACCAUAGAUGUAGAGGGAGAGAUUAGACAGCCAAUAAUAGCCAACCAGUUUGUGACGUGCGCAGCCUGCCACCAUUGUUAUGUGCUGUUUAUUAUGUAAACAAUGAUGCAACUCAUGCAAUCUGAUGUGAAACUCUGUGUUAAAAUCUUUAAACGUGUUUCCUCGGCUGUCCUUCAAGACUAUCAAAUGAUUUAUGCACCAUUUACUAAAUACAAUACGUCCUGUAUGCAGAAAUAGAAAUAUUUACUUUUGCUUGUACGUUUUUCCUACAGUUAAGCCCUAAAGAUUUGCAGAUAUGGCGACGCGGUACAACUUUAUGAUCACAGUGCAUUGACGCCCAAUAUUCUCAGCAGUCUUUGAUGAUUGAUAAAUGACCUUUG